CCUCCUCCCCCGCGUUCCCCUCGGAGUCCCGGCCGAGAGCCCUUCCUGCUCGGUGCCCGCGCAGGCCCCUCGGGCGGCGGCGAGGAGGCGCUCCGGCGGCGGCGGCAGGGCGGAGGAGCGCGGGAGCGGGCGGCCAGGCCACCGCGCGGUGGCGGAGCGGGCCGCGGCCCGGCGCUUGUUCCCUCCCGGCGGCCCAACGCGCCCCGGCCGCCGCCAUGAGCGGCUCCUCAGGCACCCCGUAUCUGGGCAGCAAGAUCAGCCUCAUCUCCAAGGCGCAGAUCCGCUACGAGGGCAUCCUCUACACCAUCGACACCGACAACUCCACCGUGGCUCUCGCCAAAGUGAGGUCCUUUGGCACCGAAGACCGUCCCACAGAUAGGCCUGCUCCCCCCAGAGAAGAGAUUUAUGAGUACAUCAUUUUCCGGGGAAGUGACAUCAAAGAUAUCACUGUGUGUGAACCUCCGAAAGCUCAGCACACACUCCCGCAGGAUCCUGCCAUUGUUCAGUCUUCCCUGGGCUCUGCCUCUGCCUCGCCCUUCCAGCCGCACGUGCCUUACAGCCCUUUCCGAGGGAUGGCGCCCUAUGGCCCGCUGGCGGCCAGCUCCCUGCUCAGCCAGCAGUAUGCCGCCUCCCUGGGUCUAGAGAAGUUGGUAAGCCCUCCAGCCUCAGCCGCUGCUUCCAGCCCUAGCUCUUCUCCAUCUCCACAGCCCGUUUCAGAGCUUGACUUGUCCUCAGAGCCACAGCAGCUCACUGCCAAGGGAGCUGGUUUUCCAUCCAUCCCAGUCGGCAAGAGCCCCAUGGUGGAGCAGGGUGUCCAGACUGGUUCUGCUGAUAACCUAAAUGCUAAAAGGCUGUUACCUGGCAAGGGCACCCCAGGGACGCAGCUCAGUGGUCGUCAGGUCCCCCCGAGCAGCAAGACCACCAGCGAUGUAGUCCAGCCGGCAGCUGUGCAAACUCAGGGGCAGGUGAAUGACGAGAACAGAAGACCUCAGAGGAGGCGAUCAGGAAACAGGCGAACGAGGAAUCGCUCCAGAGGGCAAAACCGUCCAACUAAUGUCAAGGAAAACACAAUCAAAUUUGAGGGUGACUUCGAUUUUGAGAGUGCAAAUGCCCAGUUCAACCGAGAGGAGCUUGACAAAGAGUUUAAGAAGAAACUGAAUUUUAAAGAUGACAAGGCUGAGAAGGGGGAAGAGAAGGACCCAGCUGUGGUGACCCAGAGUGACGAAACGCCAGCCGAAGAAGACCUUCUGGGGCCCAACUGCUAUUAUGACAAAUCCAAGUCGUUCUUUGACAACAUCUCUUCUGAACUCAAGACCAGCUCUAGGCGGACAACAUGGGCCGAAGAGAGGAAGCUCAACACGGAGACCUUUGGGGUGUCAGGGAGGUUUCUUCGUGGCCGCAGUUCUCGGGGUGGAUUCCGAGGAGGCAGAGGCAAUGGGACCACCCGUCGCAACCCCACUUCCCACAGAGCUGGAACUGGCAGGGUGUGAGGAUGUAGUCAUAGGCUCCUACUGAAGUGGCGCAGAAAUGAUUCUGUGUGUCAGGACACAAGAAAAACGCUGCACUUACAGGGAGACGUGGUCACUUUGUUUACGGAGUUUGGAAGAUUCCCAUACUGCUACUUAUGUUUUGGACUUAACUUGGACAUGGUCUGAGUUAGAACCACUUGUUUUGGGGAAGUAUUCAUGGGUAACCUCUUUGAGGUGUCUUUACCUAUGUUUCCUUUAGUUGCGCAUAGCCUAAGUCUAAGGUUUUGGUAUUUUGCAAAAAGGUUUCUAUAGCGAAAGCUGAAUCCUUACUUUGUGACUUUUUUUUAAAUGACAGCUUUGACUUUUAAAAGUGAAACCAAAUCUCAUUUGGCAGAUGUGGCAGCCAAGUGCAUCUCUGUAACCCUGGCCCCUGGUGCUGCUGGCCUGGCACCCCCACUGCCAAGGGUGGGGUCUCAGGAGUCAGGCAGGGCCAGCACAGGUAUGGGAGGGAGGCGGGUGGGUGAAGGGCAUGGAAGGGUUGUGCUAUGGAUCAUGUUGUAUAAGUGAACUAGACCACCCUGAUGACACCCACAGUAAUGUUGUCAAGGUUGGGACUGGCCCCAGGGGUGGGUGGAUUAGAAGCACUUGGGAGUAGUGGCCAGUGGCCCUGGAUGCCAACCACGGAGCUGCUGCACAGAGCCUCGUGUCCAUGAGCUUCCAGGUCGCAGUUGGAGCUUGGGAUGAGCCCCUGUGGCGCCCUGGUCCCUGCCAGGCUCUGACCUGUGCCAGUCAGUCAUGGCUGGACUCUGGCCACACACUUUGGUGUUCUCAUCUACUUGGAAAUGAGCCAGUCUUUUUUGCAAGGUCAGUUGACCAAGAGCAUAUUUCCCCUCUGUUGUACAUUGUUCUUUUGUGUUUUUGUUUUAAAGGUGGGUGGAGGGAGGGCAGGGUCUACAUUUGGGGUCUACACUUGUUGCAUGAGUCGAUGGGUCAGAACUUUAGUAUACGCAUGCAUCCUGAGUGACAGGUCAUUUUGUUGAAUAUAAGCACCUUGGUAACUAAACCCUUCUACUAGCUACAAAGGCUUUAGUUCUGUAUUGAUUAAGUUACUGUAAAAGCUUGGGUUUAUUUUUGUAGGACUUCAUGGCUAAGAAUUAGAACAUAGCAAGGGGGCUCCUCUGUUGGAGUGACGUAAAUUGUAAUUAUAAAUAAACACGCAAACCUUUAAAACUUC